AUGGGGUCCAUAAAAUUUAAAGUUAAUGGCUUGGAAUAUUCAGUGGAUAGCGAUGUGAGCUCAGACGUGAUGCUGGUGGAUUACCUAAGGAAUCGCAUCGGGCUACAUGGCACCAAGUAUAUGUGCCGAGAAGGUGGCUGCGGUGCCUGCACUGUUGCUGUCCAUCAUUCUACUGAUAAGCAAUAUGCUAUCAACUCGUGUAUGAAACCAGUCGCGUCCUGCCAUGGCUUGGAGAUCACCACCAUCGAGGGUCUAGGCAAUAGACAGAAGGGCUACCAUCCACUGCAAACAACCUUGGCUAAAGAAAAUGGUUCACAAUGUGGUUAUUGUUCACCAGCUUGGGUUAUGGCGAUGUACAGUCUUCUCAAAACGAAUCCAAAUAUAACCAUGCUUGAAAUAGAAAAAUCGCUAGGAAGUAACGUGUGUCGCUGUACUGGGUACAGACCAAUCUUAGAUGCCUUCAAAAAAUUUGCAAAAGACUACCCGAGACAAAUCAAACUACCAGAUAUAGAAGAUCUUCAAAUUUGCAAGAAAACUGGAAAGGCUUGUGAUAAAAGUGAUUGUGACGAUAGUGAAUGGUGUUUCGUAGCUCAAGAAGACAUGAAAGAACAAAUUAUUGAAAUCAAAUUGAAAGAUGAUAGGGUUUGGUAUAGAGUACAAGAAGUGAAGGAUGUAUUUAAUAUUUUGGAAAGAGAAGGCGAUGGUUCUUACAUGCUUGUAAAUGGGAAUACUGCAAGAGGAGUAUACCCUAUAGACGAAUACCCUCGUGUUUUGAUAGACAUAAGUGGUGUCCAAGAAUUGAAAGGAUACAUAAUAGACCAGAACCUCAUAGUGAACGCUGGCACUACUCUUACGGAGUUUUUGGAAAUACUGAAAACAGUAGCUAACAAAGAAUACUUUAAGUAUCUGCAGAAACUUUACGAUCACAUACUUAAAGUAGCACAUGUUCCGAUAAGAAAUGUGGCAUCAAUCGCAGGGAACCUUAUGAUAAAAAAUGAACACAAUUGGUUUGGAUCAGAUAUAUUCGUACUGUUAGAAACGGUUGGGGCUUACGUGACCAUACAGCAUCGUUUGAGUUCCAGAGAAACACUGACAAUGCAACAAUUUCUCAAAGCAAACAUGAGAGGGAGUGUUAUUUGGAAUGUCAUGUUACCGCCACUGAGUAGAAAUCAUCGUAUUUUUACCUACAAGGUGAUGCCACGUUCGCAAAACGCUCAUGCAAUAGUAAACGCAGGGUUUUUAUAUGAAUUAACUUCUAACAAUACAGUCAAAAAUGCAAGGAUAGUAUACGGAGCACUUUCUCCAAAAUUCGUAAGGGCUUCUGCAACGGAGAAGUUCUUGAUCGGAAAGAAAUUAUUCACGAAUAAGACCUUGACUUCAGCCAUAACAAUUUUGGAGAAUGAACUGGUUGUAAAGGAUAAUCCACCAGAGCCUUCAGUGGAGUAUAGAAAGAAAGUUGCUCUGGGAUUGUUUUACAAAGGUCUUCUUGCUCUUUCACCAGAAACAAAUCUUCAUCCUCGAUAUAAAUCGGGAGCUAACAAUUUGCAUGAUACACGCCCAGUAUCAAGAGCCGCUCAGGUAUUUGAUACUAAUCCAUCAGUGUGGCCUAUUACCAAACCAAUAAUAAAAGUGGAAGCAUUGAUUCAAUGCGCUGGAGAGGCUUUCUACACGGAAGAUCUGCCUACAUUCCCGGGUGAAGUGUUUUGUGCCUUAGCUCUGAGUACAGUCGCUGUUGGAGAUAUUGUGUCUAUUGAUGGCAGUAAGGCUUUGGCUUAUCCAGGAGUUAUAGCCUUCUACACAGCAAAAGAUAUCCCAGGAAUAAACUCUUAUACACCACCAGACUCGUUCCUAUAUUCAGCCAAUGAAGAAGUGUUAGCUGGUGAUUCUGUGCAUUAUUAUAACCAGCCAAUAGCAGUAGUCGUAGCUGAAAGCCGUCAUAUUGCUGACAGAGCCGCUAAGUUAGUUAAAGCUACAUACAAAAACGUUAAGGAUCCUGUCAUGGAUUUAAGAGAGACUCGGAAUGAUAAAAACAGGGUCACUCAAUUCAAUGAAGUGACUGCUACUGACAAAGGCACAGAUGUAGCCAAGGUAAUAAAAGGAGCUAAUUCGGUAUAUGGCCAGUAUCAUUUUACUAUAGAAACAUUAACUACUGUUAUCACACCGUCUGAUGAGGGAUUGGAUGUUUAUUGUGCCUCACAAUGGAUAGAAGGGGUGCAGUUAAUGAUCUCCAGGGCUUUGAAUAUGGAUCAAAAUCGAAUCGAUGUUCAUAAUCGUCGUGUUGGAGGAGCAUAUGGAAUCAAAAUGUCCCGCUGUACCCAAGGUGCAAUCGCAGCAGCUUUGGCAGUGAAGAAAUUGAAUAGACCAUGUCGGUUCAUCCAGUCUCUGACUACUAAUACGAGAGCUUUGGGCAAGAGACUGCCAUGUUAUUCAGACUUUGAGGCUGGCGUGAAUGACUCAGGUGUGAUUCAGUAUAUAAACUACAGGGUUUACGAAGAUAAUGGCUACAAGAAGAAUGAACAGUUUACUAUGCUUGGUACUGGUCAGUUCAAUAAUGCGUACAACAGAGCUCGUUUUAACUAUACGAGUUUUGAUUCUAUUACUGACACUGCUUCGAAUACGUGGGCCAGAGCACCAGGUACAUUGGAACAUGUUGCAAUGGCAGAACUUAUAAUGGAACAAAUCGCAUACGAGAUGAAUCUCGAUCCUUUUGACGUAAGACUAGCUAAUCUCGAUGCGGAACAUAAAGAUGAUAUUCAAGAAAUGGUUGACAAUCUUAUGAACAAAUCUGAUUACAUGAAAAGACGAAAAGCUGUUACUCAAUUUAAUAGUGAAAACAGAUGGAAGAAAAGGGGUUUGAGAUUUGCAUUUCUAAGAUGGACUCCAGUUGGAGGAAUCAAUCUUUAUAUUACUUUGUCUGUGUACCGUGGAGAUGGAUCAGUAGUUAUAACACAUGGUGCUAUAGAAAUGGGACAAGGAAUAAAUACUAAAGCUGUACAAGUAGCAGCUUAUAUGCUAAACAUUCCUGUUGAGAAAAUUAUUAUUAAAGAAAACAAUACAGUGAUAGGACCUAACUGUUCUUUAUCUGGAGGUAGCAUCAUGAAUCAGAAUGUAAUAUUAGGAGUAAAAAGAGCCUGCCAGGAACUGUUGAAAAGGUUAAAGCCUAUAAGAGACCAGAUGGAUAAUCCCACUUGGGAAGAGUUGAUUACUAAAGCUUAUAAUAGCGAUGUCCAGUUACAAACUCAAGGAUUCACUAAGACAGAUGACGAAUUUCCUUUUAACGUGUACGGAGUCACGCUAGCUGAAGUAGAAUUAGAUGUACUAACUGGAGAGUCUGAGUUGCUGAGAGUUGACAUUCUGCAAGAUGCUGGACAGAGUGUUAGUCCUGAAAUUGAUAUUGGUCAAGUUGAAGGAGCCUUCAUUAUGGGAACAGGAUACUGGACCUCAGAGCAUCUGGUUUAUGCUUCAACUGGUGAACUGCUGUCAGAUAGAACUUGGAAUUACUAUGUUCCUUUAGCGAGGGACAUUCCUCAGGAUUGGAGGGUCUAUUUCAGAAAGAAUUCAUACAGUGACGAUAUCAUUUUUGGAUCUAAAUGUAUUGGCGAGCCUCCAAUGUGCAUGUCAGUUGUCGUGGCGUUUGCACUGAGAGAAGCCAUAGUUGCUGCUAGACUCGAGUCAGGAAUCCCUACCACGCAGUGGUACCAAGAAGAUGGACCUUACACAGCCGAAAGAAACUAUCUGCUAUCAUCAACGAAUCCUGCAGAUUUCAAGUUUAAUUAUAAUCGUGAAUGACGGUCUUUCAAGAGCUUCAUUGUAGCCAAUUUUUAUCACAUUUAGUUAAGGAACUAUUUAGUUAUUGUUUUUGUUAUGCAUUUUAAAAUGGGAUAUAAUAAAACGAGCGAUUAAUAAAACGCUUUGCGACUGAUGAUGACAUACUGUAUUAAUAACUUGAGCGGUAUGAAUUUGAGCAAGCGAAAAAUUAACUAAACUAACAACGAAUGU